AUGGCAGAGGAAGAGACGUAUAUCUUGAUUACAGGCACGAACAGCGGCCUAGGCUUCUCAACAUGCUGCCGAUUGAUGGAUGAAUUCCUUGUCUCGCGCCCAGAUAACCAGACUCUCACCCUGAUAUUUACCACUCGCAGCGAGAAAAAGAGCAAUGAAACCCUUGCGCAACUAAAAAGUCACCUGCGGGCCACGGCAGGAAGGCUAUGGGGCCCCGAAGGAUUGGCCAAAUCGGAGUCGCGCAUAACAUUUAAACCUGAACAUGUUGACUUAUGCGAUCUUCUGUCUGUUCGCGCCAUGGCCAGGCGAGUUGUUGCAGAAAUACCCAAGCUUGAUAUCCUCAUACUCAAUGCCGGGAUUGCAGGUUUCACAGGCCUCAGUUGGCCAUUGGCAUGCUGGACUGUUCUGACAGAUACCAUACACGCACUUACAUGGCCAGCUCGCUAUACCUAUAGUGAUAUUGGAGUUAUGAACAAGAAACAGACUUCACAGCCUGACGAACCGCCAAUGGGCAAGAUUUUUUGCGCCAACGUCUUUGGACAUUACAUGUUGACGCAUUAUCUGCUCUCGGUGCUGGGCAGGCCAACGCUGCAACCUGCACGAGUCAUCUGGACAUCUAGCCUUGAAUCAACAAGGGACGUUUUCAGUGUUAAUGAUAUGCAGGGUCUCAAGGUUGCGCAGUCUUAUCAAUCCGUCAAGUACUUGACAGAUCUUUUGAUUUUAACUGAGCCCCUUCCUUCAUCUGCACCUUGGGCAGAUAAGUAUCUCACUCCUUCGACGUGCAGCGGUAUGGAUGCUGGUUCUGCCAGUUAUACAAGGCCUAAGAUGUACCUCAGCCAUCCCGGAAUAUGUUCCACUUCCAUUGUCCCCCUUGCACUUCCCCUUAUCUGGAGUAUGGUGUUUGUAAGUUGGGUAGCAAGGCUUAUGGGGUCGCCAUGGCAUGUCAUAGACCCUUACUCUGGGGCAAAUGCAACAGUCUGGCUAAGUCUUUCGCCCAAAUCAACCUUAGACAGUGCUGAGGCAGAAUAUGAGCAUCUAGGCGGAGGGAAACCAAAGUGGGGUUCGGCAUGCGAUAGACUUGGGAGACCGAGUAUUGCUUCUACAGAGGUUGAAGGCUGGGGUUACGGUGGGGUCGUUGGUCCGGCGGUUUUUGAGGCAGAUAAGUCACGAAGACGGAAGCGUGGUGCCACAGAUGUUACAGCGGAAGAAAAGGCAACAUUUGUUGAUGCCGGGCGAGAUUGCUGGAAGCAAAUGGAAACAUUAAGGCUGAGAUGGGAGGAUCUUCUUUCUAGGGAGGAAGCAAACAAUUUCAAAUCUUGA